AUGUCCAAAAUAAAAAACAACAGCAAAAAAAUUAAAAAAAUAAUUGAAGAAGACGAUUCUUCUUCCUAAAGCGAAUCCGAAGAAAACAGUGAAUAUUCAAAUAAAAAAAAUGAAGAAAAUGGUUAUGAUUAAAUUGAUGAAGCCUCCGAUUCUGCCCCAUAAGAUGAAAAAAAAGCCCCAUAACCAUAAGAAAAUAAGCGAAAAAAUUCUCUUACAGAAAACCUGGCAAAUCCUCCUCCUAAAAAGCAAAUAAAAGCGAACAUUAAUAAUGGCAAUAACAAUAAUAAUAAUAACAAUCAUAAUAAUAAUUAAAGUGAUGAAGAAGAAUAAGAUGAUGAAAACGAUAUAAAAUGGAAAUAUUUAGAACAUCACGGUGUUUUAUUUCCAGAUUACUGGAAAAAACACAAUAUAAAAAUCAUGUAUGAUAAUAAACCAAUCGAUUUAACUUUAUAUUAGGAAGAAAUGGCUACUUAUUGGUCAUAAACACUUGGUACAGACUGGGAGAAUAAGCCUUGUUAUAGAGAUAAUUUUUCAAAAUAAUUUUUGACGACAUUUAGUGAAAAAAAUAUGGACUUUAAUAAAUUUAAUUUUUGGCCAAUUAAAGAACACUUAGAAGCUUAAAAAGAAAUAAGAAAGAAUAGAUCUAAAGAAGAAAAAAAAAGCGAAAAAGAUCGCAAAGAUCAACUCGCGAAUUUCUACGCAGGCGCAAUUCUAGAUUUUUAUAGAGAAAAAGUAGGAUAGUAUAUGAUAGAGCCUCCUACUUUAUUUAAAGGAAGAGGAGAACACCCCAAAAUGGGUUUGAUGAAAGGAAGAAUAUAACCAGAAGCAGUUGUUAUUAAUAUUGCGAAAGAUGCACCUAUUCCUAAAUGUAUAGUUGCAGGACAUGCCUGGGGUGAUAUUGUACAUAAAUAAGAUGUUACAUGGUUGGCUAGUUAUAAAGAUAAUUCAGUAAAGAAAUAACAUAAAUAUUUUUUUUUAUCAGCAGAAAGUAGAUUAAAGGCUGAAAAUGAUAAAAAAAAAUACGAAAAAGCACGAAAAUUGAAAAAUGUUAUUGGAUAAAUUAGGGAAAAUUAUGAAAUGAAAUUAAAAAGUUCCAAUGAAGUCGAUAGAUAAUUAGGGACGGCCACUUAUCUUAUUGAUAAAUUGGCUUUGAGAGUAGGAAAUGAAAAAUCGGAAGAAGAAGCAGAUACUGUAGGGUGUUGUUCUUUAAGAAUUGAACAUAUUUAAGUUUUAGAUGAUUGUUAAAUAUCUUUUGACUUUUUAGGUAAAGAUUCUAUGAGAUACUAAAACACAGUAAAAGUAAAUGAGAUUGUAUGGAAGAAUAUAUCGUAGUUUAUUAAAAAUAAAAAGGAUGAUUAAAAUUUAUUUGAUAAAAUAGAUGCUUCGAGUUUAAAUGAAUAUUUAAAAAGUCAAAUGAAAGGUCUUACGGCUAAAGUCUUCAGAACUUACAAUGCUUCUCAUACUUUGUAAAAGGAAUUAGAUAUGGCAGUAAGUACUAAGAUGAAUAAAAUGGAUUUGAAGGAAAAACUUAAUUUUUAUGAUGAAGCGAAUAGAAAUGUAGCUAUUUUAUGUAACCAUUAGAAGACUGUGGGGAAAAAUUUUGAUUAAAUGUUAAAUAGAAUGGAGCAAAGGCUUAAGGCUUAUAAAGAUUACGAAAAGGAAUUGUUGGAUCAUUUAAAUAAGUGUAAAAAAAAGGAUGUUAAAGAAUAUGAAGAAGAGACUAUUUUAGAAGAAAGGGAAGAUGGGAAACAUAAAAUGCUCACAAAAAAAUUUCCAAGUUCUGCAGAUAAGACUUAGGAAGCUUUAGAAAAAAUAAGGAAGAAAAUUAACGAAGAGAAGAAUAAGAAAGAUAAUAAAGAAAAAAAUAAAGAAAUUGCUUUGGGAACAUCCAAAACUAAUUAUAAUGACCCGAGAAUUUCUGUUAAUUUUUGUAAAAAAUGGGAUGUGCCUAUUGAAAAGGUCUUUCCUAGAACUUUAUGUGCGAAAUUCGUAUGGGCAAUGGAAACUGAUUUAGAUUGGAAUUUUUGA